AGGCAGCCUCUAGCGGGUUUCUCAGCUACCCACUCUUUGUGGGAUUUUGAAAGCAGGAGGAGAGACGAGCGAGAACCCAGCCACUACCCCUGCGUGCCCUGUGGCUCUGCCCCUCACCAUUUCACUCUGAAAAAGUAGUCCACCCGGGCUGUUAGGUAGUUGCCACCAUGAGUUUGGGCAUGAUGGAAGAGGAGGACCUGGCCGAAUACUUCCGGCUACAGUAUGGAGAGCGGCUCCUUCAACUGCUGCAGAAGUUCCCAAAUGUUGAGGAACAGUCAGACUCUCCAUCCAUCCGGCUCCUGGAGAAGAAGAAAGAGGCCAAGGUCAUGCAGGAGGCCAUGGAACAUAAGAAGGAGACGUUCCAACGAAGAAUGGAAACGCUGAACUUGCGCUGGGAGGAACUCGGUAUUAAGGAAGAGCAGCUGAAGGCCCAUAUCCAGAAGUUCGAGCAAUUCAUCCAGGAGAAUGACCAGAAGCGCAUCCGGGCCCUUAAAAAGGCCAACAAAGAACGUGAACUGAAACGGCAGCGCCUGCGCGAGCUGGCCAAGGCCAAGCAGGAGAUGACGGCUCUGAGGCUGGAGCACCAGAAGCUAAGUGUCAAGCUGCAGGACUACGCCAUCUUCAACAAAUACCUAGAGAAGGUGGUGGAGAACUCUGAGUUUGAAGAGAUCCACGAGGUGAUUGCCCGCUACAAGACCCUGGUGAGCAUGCAUCAUGACCUCAUGCAGUCAGCCCAAGAAGGCCAGGAGAAGAUUGAACAUGCCAAGGCACGGUUGGCCCGCUACAUGGAGGAGAAGGACGAUGAGAUCCUCCAGCACAACAACGAGCUGGCAAGACUGCAGAUGCGCUUCGACCGGGCCCGCAGCGAUGUCAUCUUCUGGGAAUCUCGCUGGGCACACAUCCAAAACACAGCAGCCAAGAAGACCCUCCUGCUUGGCACCAUUAAGAUGGCUACGCUGAACCUCUUCCAGAUCGUGAGCAAGCAGCUGAAGGAAUCCACCCAGGUGUCCCUGGAGGACACACACAAACAACUAGAUAUGAUCCAGCAGUUUAUACAAGACCUGUCAGACAUCUGGACAGAAGUAAAGAAGAAAGAACAACUACAAAUCCGGGUGUAAGGAAGCAACAUGCUUCUAGAAUGUCCCAAGACACUAUAGAGAAAAGAGAAAGGAGAGAGAAGGUUCCUGAUGAGCCUGUGAUCCAGUCCCCUAGUUCAGCUGUUGAAGACCAACAGCUUCCUGAUGAUAUAUCCCCUGUUGCUUUCCCCUCUGGCCUCAGUCUGUCCCAUCCCUAAAACCACAAAUAAUAUAAGAAGUUGAUUCUG